GUGUUUUGUUUUCAAUAGUGGAAGCUAAGUCGGCUUUUUGGUAAAAUUCAACGUAUGCAUUUUCUAUAAAUUUGUAAAUUAAAUUGAAAAUCGCGUAUUGCAUCUUAAAAAUGGGGGCGGAAACCAAAAGUGGUAGCAGUAAUCUGGUCUCGGCUGUGAUCUCCUGCAUACUCAGCUUGGUCAUAUUCGCUACAAUGCGCUUCUACUCCGGCUGGCUAACAGCUACACAAAUGAAUACAAUUGUUGGUGGCUUCGUUGGUUCGUGGUUGUUUGUCUUUGCGUUGACCGCCGUGUCGAAUGUGGAAAUGCUUGUGUUCGGCAAUGAUUUUCAAGCUAAAUUUAUACCAGAAAUAUUGACUUGCCUAACGCUGGCUACCGUGGCUUCCGGUGUGGUGCAUCGAGUUUGUGCCACGACAUGCAUUGUGUUUUGUAUCGCUGCAUUGUAUUUUGUAAAUCGCAUUUCAAAUAAAUAUCACAACAGAGGUACCAGCGCCGUGGAGCAAGCACCUGUUCGCCGCGGUGGUGGAAAGAAAAAUAAGUAGAAGUCGAGUGAAAAAAACGUAUUAAUUAAAAUUUAUAAGUUAUAUGCAAUGAGAGUAGCCUUUUUUGGUAUUGUCAUGACAUUCAAUUGUUGAAAGAAAACGAGGAUUUCUAUACUUAAAGUUAGGGUUUUUUGUCACGAUUCUGAUUCAGUCAAUUUGGAUUUGUUUUCAUUGGUUUAAAUAUUUUGUAAACAAUGAAUUAUGUGAAUAAAUAUCUUGCAGAGUGUCAAGUAUACUGAAAUUAA